GUUCGAUGCUCAGCCAGAGUUUUUCGUUACUCAAUACCAGUUCCUGACAGUACACUGGGAUGACAUUCAGGUAGAAACGGCAACUACGGCACGCAACAUGAUCUUGCGCAUUUCAUCAUCCGUCGAUCCCCAUUCCAAAAACGUUCAUUGGCAAGGUUGCUUCCGAAGCGGCAACCACAGGCAUCCUCUUAGGGCAUCGAUAUCAUGCGCAGAAUCGGUAGAUGAACUGAGGUAUGAGAUACAGGGAGCACUAAUUCGCAUGAUGUGUGGGUAGCAACACUGUUUCGGGAACAAACACUGAAAGCCCUCGAAGCGCGUGAUAAAGCGGAACGGCAUCCGCCUUCUGCUUUCCGACGCUGCACCCUGCCAAAUGCGAGAGGGGGGUCUCCACUUAUUGGUACGGUGCGUGGGUAUUAUGCGGCUUCACUGAAGUGAGCGGGAGCCUUGCGAGCAAAGAAGCGUUCCUUUCCUAUAUAUGCAAGAAAUAAUCAUUUGGAUCCUCCAUCUUCAGGCUACUCGAAGUCACCCAGUGUUUGCCUGACACUGUAUUUCACUAACUGUUGUGUAUCUUAGAGCGACUGCGUCAUCCGGAGGCUGGUCGCUUCCACGUGUGAAUGUCCACGCAAAAGCGUAAGCGGCAUAGGAUGUCCUGUCGGCCCUCAAGUUGAACUAGUUCGACUGUUUCUCCACCACUUUUCCUUUUUUGAGAGUGUCAAUUUUUCGUUUCGUGAAAUGUGGGUUGUGUACUGCGAUAUUCGAUCGUUGGACCCUCGUACGAAAAGGGGUAUCCGCCAUCAGAUAUUUUCCACUGAAAAGGUGACUGACACUCACUUGCACGUUCCCCGAUGCGUAUGAGAUUUGGUGCAAACCCCUUGGAGAAAAACGCAACUUGUGGUGGCGCAUUUACUUGUCGAAAUCGUGGCCAGCCGGGCGAUUGUGCCUGUCACCACGAGAGGCCGUACCCGCCUAAGACUGAACUCUUGUUCUGGGGCGAUUGGGUUCGCCAGGGGAGGUCAUCUUUAAGAGCCCAGCUUUGCAGUUUUCUGCUAGCCCUCCCUCACAAACGUUGUAUGCGCAAACAGCCACAAAAGAAUAGCGAAGACGACAUUUACUCAAAUGCCUACUGGCGGAAACUUCUCCCGAAAAAGUUAUCUCGGUCGCAUCCGGCGCCGCAAAAGUGGCGGCACGAGUCCACGCUGGAAAAAACGAAGCGCUCGGGCGGCGAGCUAACAACGUUGUGCCCGUCUACUCAUGUCUAUCGAAAAUGUUCCCGCACCUGAAGACUUUUCAUGAACUCACAGAGUAAUCACUCUCAUUCCACACGUUUACAGUUUUCUGUGUUGUCUUUUUCUUUGGAGAGCGGCUUUUCAUCGAAAAGGCGCCAAGCCUGUAACGGGGGCUGUUGUCAGGAGGUCGAGCGACCAUCGGAAUCCGCCGCUCAUCAGCUCGCCCGUAGUCUGGUUUGUUUCCACCCUCCAAAAAACUAUCGACGUGGGCUGUCUGCGCUCCUCGAUCUGACGGGAUCUAUUCAAAAUUUAAUGCGUCUUCCUAAACGUCGUACCAGGGCAUCCCUGCAAUUUUAGUUCCAAUGCAACACGUCCUCGGCCGUCUUCCUUGCUGCGUCGUCGUGCGUGGACAUUUGGGCUCGUGAGUUGCCUCGACGCAUACACACACACUCAGAGCCAGCACACUCAAGUUGGACACUUUUGUUCUGAGGUGAGGGGUGGUUGUGGAAAAAGGUUGCGCGCCCACCUUCGCCGUCGCUUCCUUCCCAAGAUAUUUUUCUCCGUCUUGUUCGACCUGCUUUCGUAGCGUGCGUCGAGUGGAGGAGGGAAACGUGAGGGCGUGAAAGGGGGGUGCAUUCCACGAUUUCACUCGAACUCGCUGCACGCAGGAUUGCUUUGGGUGGAAUUGAACACGAACUGGCGUUCUACAGUAGCGAAGAUGGACAACGAAUCGUCCGGUUUACCCGACUAGAAUUGCUGGGAGGAAUGUCUGUGCUCAGUUUUGCCGCCAUCGCUCCUAGCAAUUUUUCGCUAGUAUGUGCGCGCGGAGCAGCCGGUGACCGGGGAGGCGCAGCGUCUUCCCUGCGGAUUACUCCACAGCAUGUGUCUCGGGACACAAACACAGCCCGCGUGGUGUGGAGGGAGAUUUCUCGCUGUCCGAGACCGAGCGGGCUGGUACCACGAAUAGGGGGGCUCGCCUCGCGCGUUUUCCAACUCCAACGAAGGAACGCGCAUCUUUCGAUUCUUUUGUUCCUUCUUCGCCCCCCCUCUCUUUUUGGGAGCGGCUAAAGACGCUGGUCUUGCUUGUCGACGUUCUUCCCCCGUGCGCACAGGCUGUUGGGGGGCUCCGACCAGAGAAACAAGAGAGGCCUUCGUAUUUGGAGGCGGGGGAAAGAGACUUGAAAUCGUUGCGCGCCUGUUGCACAAUAUUAAAGCGCCGAGCGGGAGAGAGGAAGAACGUCAUCUUCCCCCUGUUUCCCUGGGGAUUCGUCUACGCGUAGCUGCGUUUUUUCUUUUUCCUUUCGAAGCGCCUGGGGCAUGCCUCUUCUUUUCUUCACUUCUUUGCGGCAUACGCGCUUACUUUUCUCCAACAGCCUUCUGGCCGUGUCUUCAUUCUUUCUCCACGGAAGCGAACAGACGGCAAUCACUCCGGCCCCCGUAAAACCUCUCUGCUUAGUUUUUCUUCUGUGGUCUUUCACCAUCGCGGGGAAGCGGUGACCUUUCGUUUUUUUAUUAGCUUUCCAUCCGUCUCCCUAUUUCCCCUCGUAGACUGCCGUCUCUGUGCAACAUCUUCCCGGCCGCACCCUGGGACUGAGGCUGACGGUCCGCAUGAAAAAACGAUUUUCACGAGUGGACGCCUCGCGAGCGGCGCGGGAGUCCUGUGAUCAGGAAGACCUACCUCGCGAGCUCGUCUUCCCUCAUGCUUCUUCAAGAAGGUUGCUUUUGUUGCCUCUUUCCCCGUCUUUUGGCUCUCAUACGCGUUUUCUUCCCCACUACCCUUCCGUGUUCUUGGCCCAGCUGUCCAACACCCCUCGACAAAAAGUGUGAAACAAAAGGACUGUAAACUCUCAGUCGAGUCCUUUUUCGGCACCUGUGUGGGAGCGAAACAACUCAUCAACUGAUACAGCUUCUUCGGUUUUUUCUGCCAACAUAACUCGCUCAUACACGCGAUACCGUCUCGGUUUCCCAAAGAUUGUCGCCAUGAAAGUUGAAAAAUGAAGCUGCGUCUCCGGUAAAGGCGGACGUGUGCAUGGAUUACGAAUGUUUUUUUAUCAUUCGUGUAGUGAAUCACCAGUUCUCCGCGUCAGUUGCUCACCUCUACGGGGAGCCUCGCUCACACCUUUCGUAGUGGAGCAACAUUUUCCGUCCGUGUUGUGUUUCACUGGCUGCAACACAUCCUGGUAAACAGCCGCUGCAUUUCCAUUUUCACUCUGGAAUCGAAAGAGACUGCUAUCUUUCGUUUACCCUGGUUGUCGCGUCGCCACUGUUCACGAGCGUUCCGACCCUUGCUGCCAUCAGGAACACAGUCGCUUUCCGUCGUCUGUGGCUCUUUCUACCCCGUCGUACGUCCUUGUCCUUGCAAAGCCUUCCACGGUAUUCGUCUCCUUGUUGCUCGCCAUCUGCGCUGGUGUGCCCUACUUGCCGUGAUUUGCUUUUCUGCUUUCACUCCCCGAACGGUUGUACGGGUGUUCUUGGAAGCGGUUCGUCUACAGAAGAGGGAAACCGAACUUGCCUCAUCUGCGUGCGUUUGUGUAUGUAAGGAUAGACAUAUCAUUGUAUUCGUCGUGUGAAGCCGUGCGGGUCGUCCACUGUACUCCUGUAUCGCACUCCUGUGGGAAAUCAUUUUCUUCCCGUGUUUUUCGGCCUCCGAGUUGGUUUGCUGACCGCGGCGGUGUCGGCCUUUCGAUUUUGUGUGUAUGAACUCUUGAGUCGGUUGACACUCGCCGCUACUCUUCUCAGCUUCCACCUAUCGACGUUCGCUGGGAACUCGACUGCCGGAGACGCUCGCAUGUACAUUGUGUCGUUUGCCGGCAGGCCGUUUCCUCUGUACGGAUUGUUGACGGACUACCGCAAAUUGGAAAGCCGUGGAGACGCGAGGAGGAGGGUCCAGUGGUGGGAAAGCGUGAAUAAGGUGGAGUUCUUGUUACUGUUAGAAUCACGGCACACACCCUUUAAUUCUUCCACCCACUCACAGGCACAUUUGUUUCGCAUACUUCUCUCCGUUUUGAAAACGAGAAAACGUAGAUUCUUGUCAACGAAGAACGCAGGGAGCCCCCGUGUUAAAAGGUUUUGCUUGUUUGUCUUUUUCGUGUAGCAUCAACUGUGUCGUCUCUGUGUAGCAUUUCCGUACCCACGCCCUCUGAGCCGUACCCUGUGACACAGUUUCGCGUCCUCGCCCUCGUCGAAGCAAACGGCCGGUGACUGGCUUGUCUCUGUAUCUGCUGUCGUUCUUCUUUCGGCCUAAAAUACCGGCGACGCUCGCGCUUCACAGGCAGCCGCCCGUUCCCGUUUCCGGCGGGGUCUGCGACCCGGACGCCGCGCUGUCCUCCGGUGUCUCUGUAUCGCGACUUUCUCUGCGGUAUCGGCCUCGCGUUGAUGCGCGUUGGUCUCUGGCUUCAUCGGGAUGGGAAGUCAGGGAGUGAGGAGCGGCUCCGCUAGCCGCAGCGGGAGUGGAGAGAACAGCCGGAGCAGCAGCUGCGCGCGAGACGCUUCCUCUUCUCCACCCCGUUCCACGUUCAAUUCGCCGCGUCUGCGUGCUCAGGCGGAACGCCAGGCGGCGGCGCAAGCGGAGGCAGUGGCGUCCUCCUCUUCGAUGCCGCGAAAUGGCUGUCAGUCUUCGGUUGCUGCCGGCGUUUCGUCGGGUCGCAGCACGAAGUUCUCCGGAUCGUUUUUCAGUCAAGCGAGCAGCUCGGGAGCAGGUCGGUCGAAGCGCGGGGGCAUGUGGUGCUAUAUCUGUCGAGACUCGAUGCAACGAGGGGAGGAGAACACCGUGGAGUGUACCGCCUGUCCGAAGCGGUUCCACAUGGAGUGUCUCCAGCAGGAGGGCGUGAUCCAGCCCGGUGAGCGAGUGGCUGCGGACGACUGGAUGUGCCCGCAGUGUCUGGAGGAACAUGAAGAAGACGAGAUCCAGAACGACGAACGAUGUUUCAUCUGCAAGCGGAAGGAGCCGGAGGACGAGGAGGAGGACCGCCUGCUCAUGUGCGACGGAUGCCCGAACAGCUACCACAUGCGGUCCUGCCUGAAACUGACGAUCGAGCCCGACGAAGAAAAGUGGUUCUGCCCUGAGUGCAAUCCCUCGGGCUUCAAGCAGGACGAAAUUCGCCGCCUCGGCCGCGGCCGCGCUGGCGCCGGCACGACCGAAGGCCGCGGCGAAAUCGUGAACUCGUCGACGUGCUACGUUUGCCAACGGCCCGGAAAACUCCUCGGCUGCGACUUUUGUGUCAACAGCUUCCAUCCCACCUGUCUCGUAGACGUGGACUGGGACGCCAUCGGCGAAGAGUGGGAGUGUCCAGUCUGCAAGGGUCACGACCCGCUGGCGAACCAGAUGCACAAGCGGUGGUCGCGCGCCGAGAUCGACGCGAAGCGGAAGGAGCGCAUCAAGUGCCUGGAGCGGAUCCGCGUGAAGACGACUCGGUAUCGCAACCGCUUUCUCCUCGUCAACCAAAAGGACCUCGGACCGUUUGUCAACCAGAAGGUCUUGAACAACCUAGCCAAGUCGUUUCGCGCGCAAAUGAACGCAAACGCUUCGGGAAGGCGCCGCGGCCCCCAGGCCCAAUGCGGCCGGUUGCAGGUCGAGCGGUCGAUCCAGGAUCUCCUGGAGAGCCUCGAGGACGAGGCUGCAGAGGAGAGCGCCAAAUUUGUCAAGCGCGCGUACCGGGCGUGUCGUCACCCGAGUGGUCGGAAGAUCGAGGGUGUACCGCUGCGUGAAGGCAUAGCACUGAAGCCGCACCAGGAAGAAGGCGUGGAAUGGCUCCUGCGGUCCUUCAUGACUGGAGGCGGCAUUCUCGCCGACGAGAUGGGGCUCGGAAAGACGAUCCAAACCCUGUGCUUCUUGUCGUACUUGAACGCGAUGAAGCUCGAGGGCCCCCACUUGAUCGUCGUCCCGCUGUCCACCGUGGGCAACUGGAUGCGGGAAGUCCACCGCUUCACCCCGUCGCUGACGCAUAUUAAAAUCUGCGGGUCGCGCGCCGAGCGCCAGCACGCGAUGGAGGACCGCCUGGCGCAGAAGGGACUCUACGAUUUGUACAUCACAACGUACGAGACAGUGAAGAGCGAGGAGGAGUUCUUUGUGGAGACGAUUCCUCACUGGCAAUGCAUCGUUCUGGACGAAGCACACCGCAUCAAGAAUGCGUCGGGCGCCAUUCGCCACGCCCUGGACCGCGUCAUCGGCAACAUGCGGCUGCUGCUGACGGGGACGCCUCUCCAGAACAACGCUGCAGAGUUGUUCACGCUCAUCAACUUCCUUAUGCCGGACGUGUUCCGGGACUCGCAGGUAAUUGAGCAGGCUUUUUUGGCGAAUCCACAGGGUGGCGGCGCGGGUGCGCAAGCGGCGACCAAGAGGGAUACAGCCUCCGGACGCGGCGAUAACAUCAGCCCCAAGAGUCAGAACGGGAAGAAGGCUCCCGUUGUCGAGGUGGACCAGCUGUUCCGCCAGGAAGAUCUGGAGGCGAUUCGUAACCUUCUCGACCGCGUUAUGCUAAGAAGACUAAAGGAACAGGCUAUCGCCCUCCCGAAAAAGUUGUACCAUUCUGUUUGGGUGCCGCUCUCGGCGCCGGCCGCCUCGUGGCUCGAACGACUGCUGCGAGUUCGAGCGCUGCAGGAAGCUGGCAAGGACAAACUAAACACGAGCUCGUAUCGUAAGAUGCUGGGACUCGUUAUCAAAAUGCGCAUCAUCUGCGCACACCCGAAGGCUCUCUGUGCCCGCGAGAGCCAAAUGCAGCGACUCCAGGCGUUUUUCGUGGAGGAGAACGCGGAAAUGCAGACGGAGGUAAUCGAGGCUGCCCGGAAGAUCCAACGGAUCGAAGGAGAAGCCCACAUACUGUGCAGCGCGAAGCUUACGUUCCUGGAUAAACUGAUGCGUCACCUGCACGAGCUAAACUGCAAGUAUGUCCCUAGGUAUGAGAAAGACUACGAGAACCAUCGACGAGAGACCGCGACGUACAAGUUCUAUAAACACCACGAGGAACGGGUGAAGGAGGAAACGGCCGCAGGGCGCAAGCCUCCGCGGCGCCCAAAGAGAAACGAACUUGGAGGCAUCGAAGAGUUCCAGCGUUUGCUGCGGGCGGGUCACCCGCGACUGGCGGGUGUACCAACAGUUGAAGACCCCGACUUCCUAGAGGAAGGCAUGUACCCAGCCGAAUUUCAGCUGCCGCAGCCGGUUGAGUCAAGCGUGAGAGGCGCAGACGGACUGGGUCUCCUCGGAAGACGGCGGGCGAGUGGGGACGAGGGUGUCGAUAUGGAGAACGGGCGAGACAGAGGGAAGGUAUCGAGUUCUUCAGAAGGGGCGGACAUGGCAGAGGGCAAACAUGGCGCUUCUCAGUCGUCUCGCGGACCGCAUGAUGGAACUGGGAAGCGGAAGGUGAUUGACGAUGAGGAUGACCAAGACGAGGGCGACGCCGUCAAGUCCCGAGAUGCGGCCCGGACUAAGAAAAAGCGUGGCUUGGUCAUUUUGGACGAGGACGAUGAUAUGGGGACUGUGACGGCCGUUUCUUCUUCGUCCCCCGUCCCCAUUGCCUCCUCAAUGACUUCCUCCACUGCAGCCACGUCGCCCGCGGCUGAGGACGCGUCUUCUGGCGCAAGGCGGAGCAGUUCUUCAGAACAUUCGGACGAACUGCGUCCGCCCCCCACCCCAGGUGAAGGCGCUUCUACUGCCGCCUCGGUGGUGAAAAGUGAAGAUGCGGUGCCGAAUGGGCUGCAGGCGUCUCCGAGGGGACUGUGUGCCUCCCCACGGGCCGGCGAUGAGGCCUUGUCGACGACGUGCUGCACCAGCACCCCGUCAAGCACGAAAGACAACGGAAGAAGAAGCGGCCGAAGCAGCGAUGGAACCCAACCGGCGUAUCCCGUAAAGAAGGAAGAAGGCGAGCAAGUGGGCGGAGCAAAGGCGGAAGUGUCCAAGGAGGAGACGGAAGAGACCAAAGUGGAGGUGAAGGUCGAAACGCAGGAGCGAACAGAGGGCGCGGAACAACAGCGGAACGGAAAGGGAGAAGCAGUGGCGUUUGGAAAUGAAAAACAAGAAUUCGUCAUCGACCGGUCACAACCUAAAGCCCAGCGACUCCUUGUCUUCACGCAGUUUCAACUCGUCCUGGAUGAACUCGAAGCCUACUGCCACUAUCGAGGCUGGAAAUAUCUAAGACUAGAUGGGUCGACAAACAAGUUCGUGCGCGAACUCGACAUCCGCGACUUCAACUCCGAGAACAGCACGUACUUCGUCUACCUCAUCAGCACCCGCGCAGGAGGUCUUGGGAUCAACCUGACGUCGGCCAACCACGUCGUCCUCUACGACCAUGACUGGAACCCUUUCAUCGAUCUCCAAGCAAUUGACAGAGCUCAUCGUAUCGGGCAACAAAGGGCGGUCCACGUCUGGAGUCUCGUCAACGAGUGGACGGUCGAGGAACGCAUGGCCUUCCGACGUGAACAGAAACUGCGUUUAGACAAACUUCUCGUUCAAAACCAGCAGGAAGAAGCCCUGGACGACGAAGACGAAGAACAGCAGAAAGGUGGAGACAAAAUCUCGACCGAUGAGAUUCGAAAGCUUAUGCUGCACGGCCGCAAGGCUAUUGUGGAAGUGGCAGCAAAGAAUCCUGUCAGUAUUGCAGAGUGUUCUCUGGAGGAGUUGACGGAUCGUCAGCGUCUCCCUCUUCCCGAGCUUAUGGAUGGCGAGGGCAACGGGGACAGUGCUCUUCUGGACUCCAGUCGCAUAACAACAAACGAAGAUGGAGACGACGAUGAACUGGGUAGCCGCGAUGGCGAAAAUAUGGUUGACAUCGAUGAGGUGAUGAACGAAGAAGCAGAAGAGCAAAACAAACGGUUUCAGCUACUUGAGUCCGCAGAUAGCGUCUCUCCCGAUACAGGAAGUGUAGAGAUGGGAGUGGCAGGCUGUGGAGGCUCUACAGGAGGCCCGCAAGACAGUCCAGAAGGCUCCAAGACCACCAGCGAAAAUGAGACUGCUUUCGCAAGGGAGAUCGAGAGAGCGAGGGAGGGAGAAGAAGGACGGACACCCACGGGUGACCAGGCUGUGCCGAGUCCGGCCGAGGGAGAAAACGACGCAAGCCGCGGAUCCGGCACAGGCAGAACCAAGGGGAAACUCGAAAACGAGUUGCAAAGAGCUGGUGUCUUGUGGCGGUCAGAAAGAGAAAGAAAGAAACCCAUCGCUGUGUAUGUACCCCAGGAAUUCGGCCAAAGGGAGGAGAGGAAGAAGAUAAAGCACGAAAGCAAGUGCUUCCUGUGUGGCAACGGAAAGGACUUUGAACACACGAGCGUGGACGCCGAUGGCAACACAACUAAGGUGUCGCUGGGAGACUUAGUGUAUUGCAGCGGUUGCCCGCGGUCCUAUCAUCGCGUCUGCGAAGGUCUACCACGAGAUGUGAAGAAGAGCUGGAGAUGCAGAUGGCAUGAGUGCUGCCUUUGCUUCCGGAAAACGUCUCAGUGCGGGAACAUGCUCAUCCACUGCGCCAAGUGUCCUACGUCGUUCUGCUACGACUGUUUUCCUCCCGACUACUGUCGCCACAAUGUUAGCGAAGAGUACUACUCUUAUCUCCGCCAGAGGGGAAUGAAUGUUACGCCUCAAAACUGGAUUCUUCUGCUAUGUUCCCGGUGCAAAGCGGUUGAAGAGCAACAGACGAGAAGACGGCUUACGAAGGAAGAGAAGGAACAAGAGAAACUCCAGCAGAAGGAGCUGCGUCAACAGCAGAAGGAACUCCACCACGACCUUGACGCUUCCAAGAGGAAGCAAGAAAAUCAACAAAGACGGCAGGAGUGCAGGCAGCGUGCAGAAGAAGAGAGACAGUUCCAGGAAGCGAAGCAGCAGAUUGAUUCUCAGGACGCGAAGCAAGAAGAAGAGCUCCGUCAAGCGUACCAGCAUCUCUUCCCCGCUGCUUUUACGGAAGAACUUCACAAACGCGUUUCUGCAGCCAAGUCGGCUCAGAAGGCCAGUCGGGAUGCGUCCGUGGCAGUUCAGGCACAGGUCGCUGCAGCUGCGGCUGCCAGAGCCGUGGCUGUCUCUGUUGUCUCCGCGGCAGCUAGUGGAUCCCAACCAGCGGUGUCGGGAAGUCUGGAUGAGCAGCAACAAAGGAGUCUCCAAGCGGCGGCAGCAGCAGCUCAGCAGGCGGCUCUCAAUGCGAAAAAGGCGCAGCAGCAAACGAAGAGGCCGGUGAAUCAGCUGGCAAAUAUGAAGCUUCCCGGAGCGUCGAUUGCCCUGUGUGAAAACUGCCACUUCCCCUGCCACGGAGUGCGGGACUAUCCGGCGCCGUGCUGCUUCCCCGCAGAGGUCCAGUCACGGUUUUUCGUUCGCUGUACUCCAGGGGGAACGACCAAGACGAGCGGUUGCUACUCGCCCCUGGGAGAUAACUCGAAAGCGAGUCAGAUCCACACUGGCAAUGACUCGGAUCAAGGCUCUCUUUCUGCGUCUCCAGACGCUCUCCAACUCCGAGAGGGCGAGGAGGAAGCAGGCACAAGUCACGGGCAGAAGAGAGACGAGGACUACGGAGCGGAGAUCACGACCGGGGACGGCCAGCAGCGGUCUCCGUCCGACCGCGAAAACGGGCCUGGAACUGCGUCGCCAGGCGCCGCUCUGCUGCCCGCAGGAAGGGGAAGAGGCGGAGCAGGAACACCCAUGACUCCUGAGGUGCCCGCCGCCCUCGCUGAAAAAUUGGGUCUCUCCGUCGAGGCGCUGACCAGUGGAGUCGAUGCAGCGACUGCGGCGCAAAUCACAGCAGCUGGCGGCGCUUCAGACCAAGUGCGCUUCGUCCAUCGCCAAGUUUGUGGCUGCUGUGGAGAAUGCCGAACGGGAAGGCGUGGACACCUCAGGAAACACUGCCCGAAUCUGCCGGCUGAGGAGAAGAAAAAGUACGUCGAACGACGAGAAAAGAUGCAACAGCUAAUUCAAAAACUCAUGCAACACCCGCCGAUUCCCGACACAUCAAACGUCAACGGCUAUGCAGGAGCUUCCCCACAGCGGCUCAAGUGGUACUUCCAGCAGUAUCAACAGCAAGCGGACCGUAUCGUUGAAGAGACGAUGAUUGUUCUGGGUCUUCAAGCGGCGGUGGCGCCCCGGACAUUUGGACAACGCCGGUCGGCAGGGGGCGGGAGUUCUGGUCUACCAAGUGGAUCACCUGCGGGCAGUUUCCCUCGGAGUCCAGGGACUGCAUCUCAGCUCGUGCUCCACCAGCAAGGUGGAGGUUUACCUGUGGUAGAAGGGGCAGCGACAGGUGGACGAAAAAGAAAUGUCGAUUCUGGCCAUGCAACUCCGGGUGGAGCAGGCAUGAAGAAGCAGCCAGCCGGUCGACGUCCAAGUGCCAGUCCAAAGAGCGCAGGGCGAGAAUCGUCGACCGGCGGAAGUGACGUAGAAGUUGUAGGUGUCGGCCGCACCAACCAAUCUUCUGGAGGAGAAAAAGGCAGUCGCUCUCAGGCUGGAAAGGGAGCUGGUGGCGAAGGCAAGGCCGGACGAGGAAACAAGCUUCCGGCGACAAACCCGUGGAACACAGGUCCUCAUACCUCCUGCAACAGCCUCGCUUCGGCAACCACUACCAAAGAGGGGGGUUUAACACCGAAGACUCUGCUCAAGGGCGUCGACAGUGCUGUUCAAUCUGGAUUUGCUGGGGCGUGUACUGCAAAUGCUCCCUUCGCUGGCCCGGGGUUCAAACGCGCGCUUGGCGAUGGCAAAAGCAACCGAUCAGGUGGAGACACGACGGCGCCUGGAGGUAGCACAGAUAGUAGCCCAAGCAGUGGUGCGCCACCGCAGAAACGGCGAAAACCAGCGUCUCCAAAGGGGCUUGUGGGAACUGAAUCAGGCACAUCUGGUGGGAAAAGGGGAGCUGAAGGAUCGUCGCUUCUGUCUGGUGCCACGACUGGCGCCUCGAGCAGCGGAAAUUCCGGGGGAACGGGAUUGAGUGCCGUUGCGCCUGUCAAACAACAGCAGUCGAUACUGGAAUUCUUCUGUGCGCGAAAUACAAAGAGUGGAGGAAACAUCACCGCAGCGGGGGGUCCAAUGGCCGUCCUCGCUGCUCUUGCUGCUGCCAAACAACGUGCAGCAGGUGGCGGCAGCGUCGCGGGGGCAGGAGGCAAGACAGUCCCGUAAGGAACUUCGGAAACCGGUCCGUUGUGGCCAUUUUGUUGGAAAAGUGGACGGCUUCUUCAGUGAAGGAGCAGGCGUAGUAUGAGGUCGUCCCCAGUAACGGGUGAGAGGAACAAUCUCUGUUAGAGUCGGUGCAAGUACGUGUGCAUCACUUGUGUGUUGCCUGGUACAAGGCAGAAACCACUAGGCCGAAUUAGGGAAUGGAGAGUUCAAGAUGACGGUUUAUUGACACGGCAUUUGUGUUCUGUAUAGCGGCUGCUCACGAUCGGACAGAGUGACUCAAAGUUGCGUGACAUGUGGCUUCCUUUGCUGUUUCAGAAAAGUUUCACACCGGGAAGGCAGAACAACUGCGGUCGCUCUGCAUACGUACAUUUGUAAAAUUAUACAGCUUCAUCUUUUGUAGUGGAAUUGCGCAGUUGAUGUUCAUGCAUGUGUACGUCGAAACUAAUUUUUUGUUCAUUCCAGCUCCACAGUCAAUGAUCUAGGUAGAACUGGCGAUUGAUUGAAGUUGAUGCAUAUGUAGUUAUUUUCCCUUGCUUGAUUAAAGGUCUAUUUGUGCCGAAUAUUCCCGGGGGACUUGUGCGUGCCUGUACCCUGGAACGCGUGUGACUGACUUCCUUUCUUUCAACCAUUUGACUGUACAACGCUGCAAAUUUUUUUCUCCACUUCUUGCCUAGGGAACCUACGUACAUCAAGAAUCUUCCCUCUAGUAAAGCCAGGAUUUGAAGAGCUUCAUGCGAGCCAUCUCGUAGUCCGAAAAGGUGCUGCUGAUGAUGCAUUGGGCGGGGACUGUUGCACCGAAAUGCGGUCUUGUCCGUUACGAGAGAACUCAUUUUUCUGGUUGGUUUCGGUGUUAUGAUUCUAAAAGACAAGGCCUUUCAAGCAAACUCAAGUACUUUGCUGCUGC